UCUAUUGUCUCUUGUUUUCUGGUGUUCAUCUGUGGGAUUUUCAUCGAAUUAAAAACUAUGCAUACUUUUUUUGUAAAUAUUCUAUUAAUUUUUAUUACUGCAUCUAACAAUUUUUUAGUUGAUGGUGCACUAACGAUUUAUCCAGUCAAGGUCGGUGAAACGUUAAUACUUGACAUUGGACGAGAGGUAAAAGAAUGGAAGCGCGUCAGAAAUGGAAUUGAAGAAACCAUAAGACCUUGCGAGAAAAAUGAGAAAACGUCUGACACCUGUAAUGGAUGGGUGACAAAGAACGCAAAAAAGUCCGGAGACGGCCGUGAGCACAUGUAUGAAAAUGGCACGCUUGUGAUCGAGAACUUCCAAUCGGAUGAUUCAGGGGAUUAUUUUUCUAAUGAUGAAUUGGAGAGGGUACACUACACUGCUGAUGGUCAAAUUUGGAAGCUUGCGAGAUCUCGAAUCGCAGUUUUUCCAAUUGAUUAAUCUCCUCUUCUUGCCAUGUAGAUUUUUCAGAAAAUCACAAAAACCUCUUCGAUGCACCAUAAACAGAAGGCAAUCUAUUGUUUCAAUUGUUUUCUUCCCCACCACAACACACAUAGCUCUUUACAUUUUCACAUCUUCAUAUCUCUCAUUCCCCUUUUUCAAAAAUAACACCAAUAAAUCUUUCCCUUUGU